UGCUGGUUGAUUCAGUCCGCCGUAGCUCUGCCGACUGGAGGGAUGUGACCCCGGAAAAGGACGCCCUGCUAAUACAACAACACCCCAUUCAAACAGAUCACACAAGAAAGUAAAGCUGGACCAGGAGGGAGCCACAGGAGCAGAGGGGAUGAACCGCGAGGAGGCGCCGGGGAAGUCUCCUGAAGACAUGUACAUCCAGCAUAAAGUGCGGGUCCUGCUCAUGCUUAAGAAAAUGGGUUCAAAUCUUACACAGAGCGAAGAAGCUUUUCUCCGGAGUUACGCAGGAGUGGUUCACAGUCAGAUGAGCCAGCUACCACAGCACAAUAUAGACCAGGGUGCAGAGGACGUGGUGAUGGCGUUCUCACGGUCAGAGACAGAAGACCGACGACAGUGACCCAGGCCUCUCUCCACCUCUUCCCAAACAAACCCACCCACUGUCCCGCCCUGUGCAUGAUUCACAACAACAUCCAACUCCACAAACAAACACACACACCGAUGAGCUCAGGAGAAGAGGGGCGCCUGCAGGAGGCAGAGGAGGAGGAGGAGACGCGGCGUUCGCCUCCUACAUCCUGCCCCUUCCUCACCUACUGACGGCACCUGGGAUGCACUCGAGCGGGUCACUGUGGGCCGUGGCCUUAGCAAUAAGGCAAUCUGUGAACACACUCACAAAUUGGGUAAUUGUCGGUUUUCUUUUUAUUUUCUGUGGUGGCAUCGAGGGUUGAUUUUUGUUAGGUUCUGUCCGCGUCGAGGUGUCGGGCAGCGUCACGUCUGCUGCGGUCACCGAGGCGGACCUUUUCGACAGCUGACCCGAAGCGAAGAGAAGUGAUAAUCGUGUUAGAGGAGACGGUUGGCAAGUAUUUCUGCUUUUAAAAGCCCUGCCGUUAGUUUCGGGUUUUAGCUGUUGUGCGUUGUUUUGUUAAUGAGGGGCCUCGUUUUGUAAAAAAAAAAAAAAAACUCAGCAGAUUUAAAGUUACAACCGUGUCUCAGGAUCCGGUAGAAAGUCUCCCCGGUGGAGUCCAGCUUUAGUAUUUACCACUUCUUCAUCUCAUUCGGUCACUCAUAAGAAGAAGCUGGUGUGAAAACAUUAAUUUUAAGAGUAACUACUCAAAAAGAACAGCUGCAUAUGACCGCAUCAGUGUUUGAAGACAUUUUCUGCUUCCGGUUGGAUGGUUUUAAAUUUAAUUAACUAUCCACACCGGACUGUGGCCUGAUUAUGAGGCUCACAUUUUGGUUGUAGGACUCAGAUAAACUCAUUUAGCGACGCAUCGAUCCCCGACCCCCGUCUGCCGCUUUGGUCGGCUUCAGCCGUGCUCUGCGACGGGCGCAGCUGGAUCUCGUUCGUUUUCUAAUUGGAAGUUGCAAAGAAGAAAAACAGUGACGCUUUACUGAAUCAUGGUAUGAACCGUAGGAUUUCUGACAAGGUAUCGACAGGCCGAUAGAGCAGAGUGCGAGUAUCAAUCGUUCAUGUUUAGUUUAGUCCUGGAUCAAUCGACGCUAUUUAUGAAGGAGAAACGCCUGAAGGUCUUUGUUUAAAUCUGGAUAUGUUGUGCAUGAGGCCCCAUUUAUUAUUCAUCUUUCUGCUGCUUUCUUUAUUCUUGUCAGUGUUUAUUUUUAAUCAUGAGCGAUUGAUCAGAAAUUACAGACACUACCAGACGUUAUCGAAUCAAACAUGAAACACAGGUGUAAACAUCCUUUCUGCUUGUUUUUUUUUUUCACUCAUUGUGACGAGUAAAACUAUAAUAUGAUAGUUUUUUUUAUUGUACGUUUAGCUUAUCUUGUAACCAGGUUGCUAUGUAUUGCAAAUUUUUUGCUCAGGUCCCUCUUGAAAAUGAGAUCUAGAUCUCAACGGGGUUUACCUGAUUAAAUAAAGGAAUAUAGCUGGAAACUAGGAAGAAUGAAUUCCAUUUGCCAAUUUAAUAAAAAAACAAAAAACAAGCUGUGGGUGUAAUUUAUUGUUUCCUGAAUUGAUAAUAUUGUUUUCAAUAAAUCGGGAAUUAAUUUAACCAACAAGCAGCGACUCUUUUACACUAAAUUCACACAAACUCUAACUUUUAACUACCUGUAAUCAAACCCAUAACGCCAAACAUUACAACUGUGUGCUGUUUUGUUCUCUUUUUUUUUUUUUACUGUACUGUAUCUGUUGCACUAUUAUCAGCGGGAUAUUUGUUUUUAAAAAUAGAAAAUAAGGAAAACGUUUUAAUAUCUAGGACAAAGAUUAUUUGUUUGAUUCACUGCGGGGUGAAAAGUAUGGUUGUAAAUGUGUUUUUAUUUGUCAUUUACAAAAAAAAAAGAAAAGUUAAAUCUUUAAUUGAUGCAGCUGGACUUUGAAAAAAAAAAAAAGAAUAUUUGUGUCUCAACAGGCAUAUUUCUUAACAACAUGCUGAUUUAUUUAAUUUAGUUUUAAGAUGUUUUAAAGCCAAGCAUGUCUGCUUUGUGGUUUAUCAUGUUUAUUCAGCCUUGUCACAAUGACCAUUGUUUGUAUAUUGUUGGUAUUUGUGGAAGCUAUCAGCUUCGUAGAAAUGUUUUUUUUUUGUUGUUGUUAUUGUUGGCGGUAAGUUCAAGUUCAGACUGAAUGUUUCCAAGAAUCAUCGCAAUGUAAACAGCCAACAGGUCUGUCUGUAUUUUAUGUUUACUUUAUUAUAAAACAUUCUUUAUUUGUCUCUAUGCAUUUUUUUUCUACGGUGUCUUACUGUACAUUGUACCCAUCAGGGCUGGACUGCAGCCUUGGAUCAAGUUGUGUGUGCGGGGGUGGGCGUGUGUGUGUGUGUGUGAGAGAGAGGAGAGAGAAAGAGAUCCUCAUUGAACUUAAAAUCUCCCUGUUUUGAUUUUCAGCAUGCUGUUAAGUUGAAAGCAGGAUUGUGUAUCUUCUUACUGUGACCGGAUGUUGCUUAAUUGUUUUUGUUCUUUUUAUUUUGUCGCCUUGUAUUUUAUUUUCCUUUCCAGUCUACAUUGAUUAGUUGGUUUCUUUUUGGUUUUGUAUGGCUGCUGACCAUACUGCCCUAAUGCUUCCAAAUCCAACUGAACCAUUAAAGAACUUUAAAAAAGCAAAA